AUUAACAAAAGGAAGUGAAUUUAAAUGUUCUAGUUUAUAAAAGCACAUUAUUUUUUUCAAGCAAGACUUUAAAGUAAAUCAAAUGUUAAAGAGCGUCGUCAGCUGGACCUGCGUCCGAAAAGAUUAAUAUACUUGUAAACAACACGAUGACGUGUGCUGCGUUCAAGUAACCCCGCGUGAGCUCCGCUUUUCGGCGUCCUCACGGCGCGAGAGCUGCCACUCGUGGCGGCGGUGGGACGCGACAACGAAUACGACGUGUUAAAUACACAGUCACGUGAUGUUUACAAGUCAAAUGAAGCAAUUAUUAUUAAAACAAUAAAAUGAUAGCAGUAAGUUUAAACAUAAUAAACAGCGAACCGUCCGAGUUCCCAUUAUUCUCGGCAACACGUGAAGCAGACUCACUCAGGUCACGUGACCCCUUCCUAUCCUAGAGCCGCUGAAGGAAUGGAGCAGUUUUUUUGUAAACAAUCUUGUAAAAACAAACAAAAAACUCCUCCUCCAAAAAGGUGGGCGUUGACAGCGAGCAGCCCGAGCGGUCCCUGAAGCUCACACCGGGUCCUCCCGCUCACCUGUCCGGUGCGGAUGCAUCCCGGGGGAUCAUGGACGUGUACGAUCUGUUCAGCAGUUGCAGAAAGGGCGACGUCUGCAGAGUCAGGUACCUCGUUGAACACAGAGACGUGGACCUCAAUGUAAGAGACAAGUGGGACAACUCCCCCCUGUAUUACGCGUGUCUCUGUGGUUAUGAGGAGCUGGUCCAGUACCUGUUGGCGAAUGGAGCCAAGGGCGAAGCCAACACGGUCAACGGAGAGCGCUGCAUGUACGGCUCUCUGAACGAAUCGGUCUGCCGCCUGCUCAAAGACUACAAGUGCAUCAGCGCGCGCGCCAUGCGGCGCGGAGACUUCAGAUACUUCAUGCGCACGCUGCUGGAGCAGGGCACGCACGCCGACUUCCACUUCCUGGUUCACGGGCAAAUGUUCACGGCCCACCGCUGCGUCCUCAGCGCUCGCUCAGAGUACUUCGCCGAGAUGUUUGAGACCAAGUGGAAAGGGAAGAGCGUGGUCACCCUGAAGCACCCUCUGAGACACCUGAAGCCGUCGCCGGGGAAGAGCCCCGGCACGCGGCCCGAGGCCGAGGGCAAGACCCCCCAGAGGGAGAAGUGGUCCAGCAAGCUGGACUUUGUCCUGUCCGUGGCCGGAGGCUUCGUCGGGUUGGGGAACGUCUGGCGGUUCCCUUACCUUUGUUAUAAAAAUGGCGGAGGUGCGUUUCUCAUCCCGUACACCAUCUUCCUGUUCGGCGGCGGCCUGCCGGUGUUCUUCCUGGAGGUGGCGCUGGGCCAGUACACCUCGGAGGGAGGGAUCACCUGCUGGGCCAAGCUGUGCCCCAUCUUCACCGGUAUCGGCUACGCCUCCGUGGUGAUCGUGUCCCUGCUGAACGUGUACUACAUCGUGAUCCUGGCCUGGGCGCUCUACUACCUGUUACAGUGCUUCCAGCCAGAGCUCCCCUGGGCCAAAUGCAACCAGCCCUGGAACACCGAGUUCUGCAUAGAGGACACGGUCCGGCGGAACAAGACCCUCUGGCUCGCGGCCAACAUGACCAACUACACCUCCCCCGUCACCGAGUUCUGGGAACGCAACGUCCUGAGCAUCUCCAGCGGCAUCGAGGACACCGGGCCCCUGAAGUGGGACCUGGCCCUGUGUCUCCUCGCCGUCUGGAUCAUCUGCUUCUUCUGCAUCUGGAAGGGAGUCAAGUCCACGGGGAAAGUGGUAUACAUAACGGCGACCUUCCCGUUUGUGAUGCUCAUCGUGUUGCUGGUGCGCGGAGUAACGCUGCCCGGAGCAUCCGAAGGGAUCAAAUUCUACCUUUACCCCAACCUGACCCGCCUGCAAGACCCAGAGGUGUGGAUUGACGCGGGAACCCAGAUUUUCUUCUCCUACGCCAUCUGCCUGGGUGCCAUGACGUCGCUGGGGAGCUACAACAAAUACAAGUACAACUGCUACAGGGACUGUUUGCUGCUGGGAGGCCUCAACAGCGCCACCAGUUUUGUAUCUGGCUUCGCAAUAUUUUCCGUCCUGGGCUUCAUGGCACAAGAACAAGGGGUGGACAUUGCCGAUGUGGCAGAGUCAGGUCCCGGUCUGGCCUUCAUCGCCUACCCCAAAGCCGUGUCCAUGAUGCCGAUGCCGACCCUCUGGGCCAUCCUCUUCUUCAUCAUGCUGCUGCUCCUGGGCCUCGACAGCCAGUUCGUCGAAGUGGAAGGGCAGAUCACUUCCAUCGUGGAUCUGUACCCUGAUGUCCUGAGGAAGGGUUACCGGCGGGAGAUCUUCAUCGCCCUGAUGUGCUCCAUGAGCUACCUCUUGGGGCUCGCCAUGGUAACGAAGGGUGGCAUGUACGUGUUUCAACUCUUCGACUACUAUGCAGCCAGUGGUGUGUGCCUUUUGUGGGUUGCAUUCUUUGAAUGCAUCGCCGUAUCCUGGGUUUAUGGAGUGGAUAACUUCUACGACGCCGUCGAGGACAUGAUCGGCUACCGGCCAAACUCCUGGAUGAAGUGGAGCUGGACCGUCGUCACACCCGUCCUCUGCAUGGGCUGCUUUGUCUUCUCCCUGGUGAAGUACAAGCCCUUGAAGUACAACAAGGUGUACGAGUACCCGGACUGGGCCAUCGGCCUCGGCUGGUGUUUGGCCAUGUCCUCCAUGAUCUGCAUCCCCAUGGUGAUGGUCAUCAAGAUCUUACAGUUCGAUGGAUCCCUGAUCGAGAGGAUAAAAGCGGCGGCCGCCCCGGCGAAGUCGGGCGUGAGCUCUCGCCCGAAAGAGUACAACGUGAAGGGCAGCGAGCUGACGCAGCUCCUGAGCCCCAACGGGAACAAUGGCUUGACGAAGCCCACCCACACCGUCGUAGAAACGAUGAUGUGAGCGCUCUCUGUGAGAGGAAUACGAUCGAUGUGCUUUCUGUGUUAUUAUCAUAUUUGCUAACGUCGAUAACGGUAGGUUUACAUCAUCAGAUAUAUUCACGUUAGAGAUGCUCUGCUUUGAUUUCUACGGAGAGUUAUAUAUUUUAUUGUUGUAAUGUUGUCGGGUUUUUUUCUCUUGUAUUUUUUUUUUACUAUAUCGAUAUUCUUGAUGUUACAAUUGUUAUUGCUGUAGUCGGCACUGAUCUCACGUUAAAUAUUACGAGAUAGAAAGUGUUCAAUGUUUACUACCAUUGUGUUGAUUCCGGAGAAGAGAUGAGGAAUUUGCUUCGUUGUUUUAUUUUUUUUAACCCUUGUGUUGCCUUAGGGUCAUUUUGACCCGAAUCAAUAUUAUACCCUCCCCCCGCCUUUGGGUCAUUUUGACCCGAUUCAAUGUUUCACCCUCCUGUUACCUUUAUAUUUACUAACAUAUUUUACCCUUUGGGUUCAAUUUGACGCCAGCAAUUAAAACCUCCAGAAAAUUAUUAGAAUUAAUAUUGUUUUCCAAGUUUAAGUGUGAGGCACUUUAUGUUUGUUUGUUGACUACCGAAAGAACACCGACAUUAAACAUUGAAUGGGGUCAAAUUAAUCCUAAGGCAGGGGGAGGGUGUAAUAUUGAUUCGGGUCAAAAUGACCCUAAGGCAACACAAGGGUUAAAUAGAAGAAAUUCUCAUUUCACUUAAAUUCAGGAAACUAAACGAGCAAUUAACCGCGUAAAAAAAAAGAGUAGAAGACGUCUAAACUCCCUCACGUUGCCCAAGCUAACUUCUAAUGUCUUGUUGUUGUUGUUGUUGUUGUUGUUGUCGUCAGUCACCCCUGCAGUGAAAAUGAUUGUACGUGAGCCACCCACGUCUCUGUUGAGUGGCAAUAUGCAGUGGAAAGAGUUAAAUCUUUGCUUGACAUCCUUUUCAAAGUUACAAGUUGAACAAGGCCUUGGCCAAAUACUGUGAGAAAUGCAUCCAUCCAAAUGAGAUCCAUCCUUCAAAAAAACAAGACUACAUAAUAAAAGAAGAAAAGGAAGUCGGUGGAAAAGGGAAGUGGCAUUUUUAGAAUUAUUUGUACACAGCCUGUGUGACUACUAUAGUCAGUCCCAGUGCAUUCAUUGAAACCUCUCUUUGCACUUUAUAUGUAUGUUUAACCUUUUUAAUUGUAGUAUUUGUUUCGAUUCUUGCAAGGUUAUGUUAUUUCAGGAGGAAAUAUUUUUAGCUUCUUAACUUUUGGAUAUUGUAAACUUUGAGAUACAGUAUCUAGUUGUCUACUUGCUAAGUCGAUGACGGAAUAGAGUAGAAAUCUGACGUCUAAUAUUCUGAGAAGAAUCUGUGAGAUCACUAUCAAAGUUUAAAAAUAUAUUUUUUCUAAACAUCCAUUGUGCUCAUUUCAACAGCAGAUGCGCUCUGCUGAACUACCACUGGAUUCUAGUUUCUAAUGUUCGGUUUAGGCAUUUAUAUAUUGUAGAAUUUGAAUUGUUUAUAAAUCACAUAUGCCUUUUUGUAACAAUUUUAUACUGUACAUCAUAUGAACAUCACCAUGAUACAGAAAAACUCAAUUUGUUUUCUAAAUACGUUGAGAGCCGGGAUUACAUUUUUCAGCGUGUAUUAUAUUCAUUGAAGCAAUGGCGUCCUCUGCUCACUCGAGAUGCACCGUCAAAUUUAGAAAUAUUGUUCAAUAAUUCAACAACUUGCACAGUUAAGAUACAAACAUCUGAAGCGAUGUGCAGUAGCCACCACAGUACCGCGCUGCUUUUGUCUGUUAAGAUCUUGGAGAUUCAAGUGUACCAAAGUAUUUUUGUCUCACAGUUGUCCCCUUUUGAGAUGCACAUUGCAUCAUUUCUAUAUAGAUUACAAUAAACAUGUUUUCCUCGGA